AAAUUUUAUACAUGGAAACCUUCCUAAGGGAACUGGAAACCUUAUAAACUUGACCGCUUUAGUAUUAGAAUAUAACCAGUUGAGUGGCAGUGUCCCGCAUGAAAUUGGGAAGCUAGAUAAGUUAGUGGAACUGUAUUUGGAUUUUAACCAAUUUUCUGGUUCAAUCCCGUCAUCCUUUGGUAAUAUGACUUCAUUGUUAUACUUGUACAUGGACUCAAACAGGUUUGAGGGCAGUAUACUUCCAAGUCUUGGAAACUGCCAAUACCUAUUAGAUCUUAACCUUUCCAGUAACAACCUUACGGGCACCAUACCUAAAAUGCUUAUGGAGCUUUCAACCCUUUCAAGUUCUCUAGACCUGUCUGACAAUUAUUUGACUGGUCCGAUGCCCCUUGAGGUGGGUGAUUUAGUGCAUCUCACGGAGCUAAAUGUAUUAAGAAACCAUUUAUUAGGUGAAAUCCCGAGCACCCUCGGCAGUUGUACUAGUUUGCAGCGCUUGUGUUUGCAAGGUAAUAAGUUUGAAGGAACAAUUCCUCAAUCUCUUCAGAAUUUGAAAGGCUUGGAAAAACUUGAUAUUUCAAGCAACAACUUGUCUGGGCCGAUUCCUGAAUUCAUAGGCAAGCUUGGUGCUCUCAAGUAUCUCAAUCUUUCGUAUAAUGAUUUUGAGGGCGAGCUGCCAAAAGAUGGUAUUUUUGCAAAUGCUAGUGGUGUUUUUGUUCUUGGAAAUCAUAGGCUCUGUGGUGGCAUCCCACAAUUACAUCUACCUUCAUGCCCCCCAAAAAAACACCAUUCAUCUCGCGGACUACAUUCCCCAAAAGUAGUCAUCCCUAUAACCUGUGUAUUUGGAAUCAUAAUUGCUCUAUCAUGCUUCUGUGGUGCUUAUUCAAUGCUGAAAAAGUCAAGAGAUAGACGUGCAACUUCACGUUCUUAUAAGGAUUGGAAAUCAGGUGUCUCGUACUCACAACUAGUUCAAUCAACUAACGGGUUCUCUGCGGAUAAUCUUAUUGGUUCAGGAAGUUUUGGUUCUGUUUAUAAAGGGGUAAUUCCUAGUGAUGGAACAAUAGUUGCUAUUAAGGUAUUAAACCUUCAACAACAAGGAGCUUCCAAGAGUUUCAUAGAUGAAUGCAAAGCUUUAAGGAGUAUAAGGCAUCGUAAUCUUCUCAAGAUCAUAACUGCAUGCUCAAGCUUUGAUAAUCAGGGCAAGGACUUCAAAAGUCUAGUUUUCGAGUUCAUGGCAAAUGGAAGUCUAGACUCAAUGUUGUAUCCAAGAUGUGAGGAGGAAUCUCCAAGCAAAAGAAUGAGUUUUAUGCAAAGAUUGAACAUCGCCAUUGAUGUUGCUUCUGCGUUAGAUUAUCUCCACCACCAUUGUGAAACGGCCAUUGUUCAUUGUGAUCUAAAGCCGAGCAACGUACUUCUUGAUGAAGAUAUGGUAGCCCAUGUUGGGGAUUUUGGUUUAGCAAGGUUCCUCUUUGAAAAAUCAAAUGAUCCCACCUUCAGUCAAACAAUGUCAUCUCAGCUAAAGGGUUCUAUAGGCUACAUUCCUCCAGAAUAUGGCACAGGAGGCCAAGUUUCCAUACUUGGAGAUGUUUACAGCUAUGGGAUACUAUUGUUGGAAAUGUUCAUAGGAAAAAGACCUACCGAUGACAUGUUCAAAGACGGUCUAAGCAUUUACCAAUUCGUAGCCAUGUCUUUGCCUGACCAUGUUAUGGACGUCGUUGACCAUUCAAUUAUCCUCGACCUCGAAGCAGAUGGUAAUGUCAACAAUGACAUAGUGCGAGAACGAACUCCAUCCAGACGUAACGAUCGUGGCCCAGUGAAAGAAAAAAAAUUAAAGGAAUGUUUGGUUUUAGUAAUGCAGAUAGGACUCUCUUGCUGUGCAAUGUCACCAAAGGAGCGGAUGCUAAUGGACUCGGUUGUUAGAAAAAUGAGCACAAUCAAAGACUCGUACCUCAAAGUUUAAGAAGACUUGAGAAGGACAAAGCAUGUUGCUCAAAGGAGAAAGGACAUGAUCAUCCAUCAAUAAUAUUUUCCACUCUCUACUCACCAAAAUUUUCUUUCUGUUUUUGUUUUCUUUCUCUUGCUAUCGCGUUUAAUUUUGUCUUGUUGAUGUUU